GCCACGUCGGGGAGCCACAGAGUUGGGGAAAGGGAGAAACUUAGACAGACACAGGUACGGUACACUUUCCAGAGUGCCUGAUGGGAAGCCCGUCUGACCAAAGUGAAGAAGGAGAAAAGCAUGUUGGAGUGUGAUGAGUGGUGGUGGACAAAUGUGUCAUCUGUUUUGUCAUCGCUGGUCUUGAGCAAUAGAAGCUGUGGUGGCCAUAGAGAGGAAUGGGAAGGGCAACAACCUGCAGGUCAGAAGGUGAUAUUCACACAUAAGUAUACCUCUGUAAAUGCAUAGACUUCCUGGAAGAAUGCACAAGAAACUGGUAACAGAGGUUGCUGCUGCAGUAGGUCCUGAAGUGGGAACCUGGUCUCAGAAUACAGCGCUCCCUGCCAACCAGCUGCCAUCUCUCCCCACUCAGUCAGGCUGGUGAUCAACAGCAUCCACGUCAGGAACUGCAGGCUGUGACUUAGGAAAAAAAAAGUGUUUCCACCCCAUUCCAUUGCCAAGAAGAGCCUUGUGACUUAAAUUAAUCUGCCUCCCUUUCUGUGAUGUUUAGUCCACUGGUAAAACUCCCAGAGUCAACUUCAAAGUUGCCAGGAUACAUCCUGGCAACAAAGGCUGGGGUUCCUGUUCCAGGCAGCCAGCCUCACAUACUACAUGAACUCUUGCAAGAGGGGAUGUGAAUCGUGGAGCUCCCAGCUAUUCUGCUCCUGUUUCCACCAACUCCCUCGCUGAGGGGUUCAGCAGGCCAUGACAAAAGCCAAAAUAGAAAGAUGAAGAACAAAUGUUACAAGAUCUUGGAGGCAUCUGAGGUUUCAUGGGGACUUUCCAGCAUUCCAGACUGCUGCCCUGCAAUGAAGCUCUGAGUCACUGUCUUUGGGUCUAAGGUACUGGCUACAAUGUGGAACCCCAGAACAGCCAACCUGACUAACCUUCUCUCUAAGCAGAAGCCCAAAAUAUGUCUGGCCUGAAAUCAGAGCAAGCACUAGAGAAAGACUUCUUUGUUAAUGGAAAGAGGAAAGGAGAAAAGGGUUUCCAACACGUUGCAACAGUCUUUCCACCAUUCUAAAGAGCCCACCUUCCUUAUAAACCAAGCUGUUCUAUCUAGUGCAUCCCAUUCUAGCUUUUUGCCAGAAAUAGAGCAUGUCAAUCCUGGUGAAAAAAUAAAGACGAACCCUCAGAAAAAUAGACCUGGAACUGUAGUACUCCUAAAACGGUCCAGUAGGAGGAUUAUGUCGGAAAGUCAGCCCAGCCCCCCUGUGAUCCCAUCCCACAGGCCCGGGUUCCAAGUGUGCUAUAUCUGUGGCCGAGAAUUUGGGUCCCAAUCGCUUGGCAUUCACGAGCCCCAGUGCUUGGAGAAGUGGCGUACUGAAAACAGCAAGUUGCCCAAGGACCUGAGGAGGCCAGAACCUUCCAAACUACUGCCUCUCAGUGGAAGUGGAUCCUACAAUCUUCAGGAAGCAUUCCAGAGUUCCCAGUCUCAGCUGCUGCCCUGUGAAUCCUGUGGCCACAGGUUCUUGCCAGAUCGGCUUCUUGUUCAUCAGAGAAGCUGCAAGCCGAAGGGUGAGGGGCCCAGACCACAAAACCCCAACAGUUCUGAUAAUCUUGCUGCUCUCAAGAAAGCUUCUGGUGGCAUCCCAACCCAACCAAGGGCUCUCAUCUGCUACGUUUGUGGUAGGGAAUUUGGCACUCUGUCCCUUCCUAUACAUCAGCCCAAAUGCCUGGAAAAGUGGAAAAUAGAAAAUGAUCGGCUCCCCAGGGAGUUCUGCCAGCCACUACCACGGAAGCCUCCGCCCCUUGCAACUGGACAGUCCAACCAAGAAGGGCUGAGUCAAGCUCAGCUCGUACCCUGCCCAAAUUGUAGCCGGACCUUUGCCCCUGACAGCUUUCUGGUACACCAGAGAAGUUGUACAGCUCAACCUAGUGGGCCAAAAGUUCAGGAUUUGACAUUAUGGAGUAAAGGUGGCCUCAAAGAGUCCACUAAUUCCAAGCAGCAAAGGAACAUAGCAGUACCCACUGUGACUGAUAAGCCAACAAUGAUAAGGCAUCCACCAACAGUUGCUUGCUACAUUUGUGGUCGUGAAUAUGGAACAAAAUCAAUUUUCAUCCAUGAGCCACAAUGUCUGAAAAAAUGGCAUAAUGAAAACAACUUGUUGCCUAAAGAGCUAAGGAGACCAGAACCGAAAAAGCCAGAAGUCAGGACCAUUACUGCCAAGGGUUUCUAUGAUCUUGAUGCCUUAAACGAAGCUGCUUGGACAAGUGCCCAGAGCCAGUUGGUUCCCUGUAAUAUUUGUGGGCGUACCUUCCUGCCAGACAGACUGAUUGUUCACCAACGAUCCUGUAAACCAAAAGUCGCCAAGGAACAGCUUGAGGAACGUCAAGGUGCCGACCGUGGGACUUCCACUUCUGGCUCCAGCCCCAGUUUCAUCUGAGCCGGCCUGCAAAUGUUACAGGGGAUCAAAUCUGAAGCAAGUUCAGUCACAAUGACAUCAAUCCAAGGGCUCCCAUCUUUCAUCAAGUCAAGUCACUGAAGUCUCACCAUUAAUAGGACAGAGCUCACCUGCUCUCUGCCAACUGCCCUCCCCCCAAUUUGUUCACAUCUGUGCAGAUUUUUGUACUCUAAAAAGGAAAAUGACUUCUUUAACAAUGGUUGGCACAUCCGUGAGCUUUGAAUCUGAAUCUUGUAAUGGUUCCCAUAGAUAGUCUCCUAGGUGAUGAAGAGCAGAUACUAGAUGAAGGUACUUGGAGCUCUUACACUGGCUCAGGUAGGUAUCGGCUUGGGAUGCAAUGUUAUUAGAGGCAUCGGCAACAAUACAAUUCCCUCUCUGCUCUGGCAACUGGUGCUGCACAAUCUUUUAUUGAAUUCCCCUUUAGUUGAGGUUAUGGGAAGAAUUCCAGGAUUUCUUGAUGCUCAUUUGCACAUUAAAUUCACAUCAAAGUUGCAGGGCAUGUCUUAUCCGAAGGGAACACUGGAGACAGAACAAGCCUGUCCUACUAAGGGAUGUGGACGGGGAGACUCUCCUCUGGUGAGUAGGAAUGGAGAUCUGUUCGAGCUCCGUUGUGGGAGCUCCUCAGGUUGUGGGAGCUCCUCCUCAUCAGGCAGCCUUGGAUGUAUUUCCAAGGAGGGUCCCAGUAUUUCCAAGGAUGGUUCCCAGAUGACACUGCUUCAGCUUGGGAAAUAUUGGCCUGUGUCUCUUCACAAAAAAAGAAGCUUCUACUGACAAGCAGACCCAUUUGUGAUCAGGGAAGAAAAAGAGGGCAGAUAUCUAAAGUCUUCCAUCUCCUGAAAACCUGAAAACAGCCCUUGGUCUCUCUGUACUUCUGACAUUAGCAGCAGCUCUUCUUUACACCCUCAUCUAAACCAACUCAUAUGGUUUUAAUCCCAUACCAGGUCAGGUCAGGAAGUUCAGCCCUUUCCUUCCCCAACCCUGUGGGGACCUUUCCCUGCUCUGGCAAUGGACAACCUUCCUUUAUCAUUUAUUACUUCCCUCCUGACUCUCUGUCUGGCCCACAUGAAUGGCUGUGCCUGUUUCAGCUGGCCCUGCCCACUCUCUGUGAGCACUGUGGCCAGAGAUGGAAAUGAGGUUUUCCUGCACUUGGAAGAAACAGCACACAUGAGAGGCAGUUGAGUUUCUGGCAGGGGCCAAAUUGGAUGGUGUAGAGAGAAUUACACCAGGAAAAACACUGUUAAUUUAGCAUAGGAUGGUACACUUUUAUGCUUAGUUCUUUUAAAUUUGUGUUAUAAAAAUAUUCAAUAGAUAACACGUGUAGGGUAAAGGAUAAUGAAGUCUUAUGUUCUCCACACCCAGGCAAACUUAGUUGAAACCCCACUAAGGUUGAAUCUGAAUGGUCUAAAUUUCAACUACUAUUCUUUGAGGUAUAAGAGGAAGAAGGAGGUGGGGAGACAUUCUGGAAGCACAAGGUUGCAGAGUAUCUCUAAUAAUGCCUUUGAUUUCUACUUCUGGAAACAUGAGAUUAAGCCAGCAUGGAUAUAAACCAACUGCAAGUAAGAAAGUGAAACCUGGCCUAGGCAUCACGGGGGCUAAGUCCUAUCAUUGAUUCAUACUGAUCACCUAUAGACCAAUGUUUUCAGAUAAAACUUAAUUGAGAGUGUGUUUGGCAAAAUAAUGUCCCCAAAGAUGUUGAUACCCUAGUUCUCCAAACUUACGAAUAUGUUACCUUGCAUGUUAUGCUACCUUUGCAGAUGUGGUUAAGGUUUUGGGCCUUGUAAUGGGGAGAGUAUCUCGGAUUAUCUGGGUGGGCCCAGUAUAGUCAUGAGUCCUUAAUAGUGGAAUAAGAAGAAAAAAGGGUGCUUGAGAGAGAUGGCAGCAUAAGAAGGAUUCAGCAGUCUGUUGCUUGCUCUGAGAUGUAGGGAACUAUGUGCAAUGACCAGAGAAAACCUCUCCGAGUUAAGGGCAUCCCCAGCAGACAGCCAGCAAAGAAACUGGAAGCUCAGUCCUAUAACCACAGGAACUGGAUUCUGCCAACAACCUGAAUGAGCAAGGAAACAGAUUCUCCCCUGGAACCUCCAGAAAGGAACACAGCCUGCCAACAACUUGUUUUUAUCUGGUGCGUCCAGGGUUGAACUUCUGACCUUCAAAACUGUAAGAAAAUAAAUGUGUGUUGUUUAACCCAUUGUUUAUAAUAAUUUGUUAUGGCAGCAACAGACAACGAAUAGAAGAAGCAUCCACAGGCAGACCUCAGAGAUAUUGUGAGUUCACUUCCAGAUGACCUCAAUAAAGUGAAUAUCACAGUAAAGCAAAUCACAGAAAUUUUUUGGUUUCCUCAUGCAUAGAAAAGUUAUGUUUACACUGUAGUUUGUAAGUGGACAGUAGCAUUAUAUCUAA